GAGAGGAGAGCACGCUUACUUAUUAACGAGGGAAAGAAAGUACACUCACAGUCGAUAUCCACCAAACCAAGAACCAGAGAGAGAGAGAGAGAGAGAAACAGAGAGAGAUAUCCAGAAGGAAAUGAUGCGAUACAGAGAGGAAAAAGAAGCUAAGAAGGAGGCAUUCAGGAAGUACUUGGAAUCAAGCGGGGUCGUCGAUUCGCUCACCAAAGUUUUGGUUUCCUUAUACGAGCAGAACGACAAGCCCUCUUCUGCAGUUGAGUUCAUCCAGGAUAAGUUGGGUGGUCCAACUGUGUCCGAGUAUGAGAAGUUACAAGCUGAAUUAUCAGAUCUGCGGAUAAAGUAUAAUGAGCUUUUGGCUGCACACCAGGAAACUUGUAAGAAGUUAGAUGAACUAAAGAAUCCACAUAACAUGGCUCCCACCAAGGAAACCAGCGAUGGCGAGGGUUCAAAUGAUGGGCCACAUGAGUAAACUGAGUUUCAUGGAGGCAUCCUUCGUGGUAAAAGGACAAGCGACAGAAAUGAAGCCUCGAAUGCAUCACUUCAUUGUCUAUGUGAGCAUUAUAAUCAUCAUUGACUCAUUUGUUUAUUUGUAAAAAGCGUGCCCUCUCUCAGAAUUCUUAUGUUUUACUGCUUAUCCCAGUGCAUUCUUUGUUUCAAAUCUAUGAUAGCAGAGUCACUAAAGCAGUCUGUUUCUGUCUAUAUUUAUGCUGCUUGGAUAAGCUUGGCCUUUUAAUAUGUUCAGACUCAUCUUAAAAUUUGUACGAGCAUUAUUCCAUUGC